GUUUGUCUGUGUGGACAGACGUACUGAGAUCUAACUGUUGAUGUUGAUCCACAGAGUGGAGCAGCAGAACUCAGAGGUUCCCAGAGCUCAGUCUGUCCAGCAGCAUCACCUGGACUCCAUAUUCAUGCUGCUGGAGGACAACAUGGUGACUUUUGUGAAGAAGGAGCUGAAGAAGAUGCAGAAGGUUGUGAGUCCAGAUUACCCAGAAUGCUCAGAGAGUCAGAGGGAGGAUGAGGAGGAGUUGGAGGGUGAUGAUGAAGAUGAGAGGAGCAGCAGAGAGAUGUUUGAGCAGAUCACAGUGUUUUUCCUGAGGAGGAUGAAGCAGGAGAAGCUGGCUGACUGUCUGCAGAGCAAACUUGUUGCUCCCGUUUGUGGACGUAAACUUAAACGUGGUCUGAAGAAGAAGUUCCAGAGAGUGUUUGAGGGCAUCGCUAAAGCAGGACAGAAGACCCUCCUGAAUGAGAUCUACACAGAGCUGUACAUCACAGAGGGAGGGACUGCAGAGGUCAAUGAUGAACAUGAGGUCAGACAGAUUGAAGCAGCAUCCAGGAAAGCAGACAGAGCAGAAAGAAGCAUCAGACCAGAAGACAUCUUUAGAGGCUCACCUGGAAGAGAUGGACCAAUCAGAACAGUGAUGACACAGGGAGUGGCUGGCAUCGGGAAAACAGUGUUAACACAGAAGUUGACUCUGGACUGGGCUGAAGACAAAAGCAACCAGGACAUCCAUUUCAUGUUUCCAUUGACUUUCAGAGAGCUAAAUGUGCUGAAAGAGAGAAAGUUCAGUUUGGUGGAACUUGUUCAUCACUUCUUCAGUGAAACCAAAGCAGCAGGAAUGUGCAGCUUUGAAGACUUCCAGGUUGUGUUGAUCUUUGACGGUCUGGAUGAGUGUCGCCUUCCUCUGGACUUCCACAACAAUGAGGUCCUGACUGAUGUUACAGAGUCCACCUCAGUGGAUGUGCUGCUGACAAACCUGAUCAGGGGGAAUCUGCUUCCCUCUGCUCGCCUCUGGAUAACCACACGACCUGCAGCAGCCAAUCAGAUCCCUCCUGACUGUGUGGACAUGGUGACGGAGGUCAGAGGGUUCACCGACCCACAGAAGGAGGAGUACUUCAGGAAGAGAUCCAGAGAUGAGGAGCAGGCCAGCAGCAUCAUCUCCCACAUGAAGAAGUCACGAAGCCUCCACAUCAUGUGCCACAUCCCAGUGUUCUGCUGGAUCACUGCUACAGUUCUGGAGGAGCUGCUGAGAAGCAGAGAGGGAGGAGAUUUGCCCAGAACCCUGACUGAGAUGUUCAUCCACCACCUGGUGGUUCAGGUCAAAGUCAAGAAGGUCAAGUAUGAUGGAGGAGCUGAGACAGAUCCACACUGGAGUCCAGACAGCAGGAGGAUGAUUGAGUCUCUGGGAAAACUGGCUUUUGAGCAGCUGCAGAAAGGAAACCUGAUCUUCUAUGAGUCUGACCUGACAGAGUGUGGCAUUGAUAUGAGAGCAGCCUCAAAGUAUUCAGGAGUGUUCACACAGAUCUUUAAAGAGGAGAGAGGGCUGUACCAGGACAAGGUGUUCUGCUUCGUCCAUCUGAGCGUUCAAGAGUUUCUGGCUGCAGUCUACAUGUUCCACUGUUACACCAACAGGAAGGAGAAGGUUCUGGAGGACUUCCUGGGAACAGACUGGAAAGAGGAGGACAGAGACACUCUGGAUGUGUUCCUGAAGAGAGUGAUGGAGAAAUCCCUGAGAAGUCAAAAUGGUCACCUGGACCUGUUUGUUCGCUUCCUUCAUGGCCUCUGUCUGGAGUCUAACCAGAGACUGUUAGGAGGUCUUCUGGGUUGGACAGAGAACCAUCCACAAAUGAUCCAGAGAGUCAUCAACGACCUGAAGAAGAUGGAGAGUGCUAAAAUGUCUCCAGACAGAAGCAUCAACAUCUUCCACUGUCUGAUGGAGAUGAAGGAUCUCUCAGUACAUCAGGAGAUCCAAGAGUUCCUGCAGUCAGAGAACAGAUCAGAGAAGGAACUCUCUGAGAUCCAGUGCUCAGCUCUGGCCUCCAUGCUGCAGAUGUCAGAGGAGGUUCUGGAUGAGUUGGACCUGAACAAAUACAGAACAUCAUGGGAGGGAAAACUGAGACUGAUUCCAGCUGUGAGGAACUGCAGAAAGUUUGGACUUACUAACUGUAAACUCUCAGAGAGUCACUGUGAAGUCGUGGCCUCAGCUCUGAAGUCCAACCCCUCCCAUCUGAUAGAACUGGACCUGAGUGAGAGCUACAACCUGCAGGAUUCAAGAAUGAAGCAUCUUUGUGAUGGACUGCAGAGUCCAAACUGUAAACUGGAGACUCUUAGACUGGAGGACUGCAGUUUGUCAGAGAUCAGCUGUGAUUCUCUGGUCUCAGCUCUGAAGUCCAACCCCUCCCAUCUGGAACAUCUGGACCUGAGCUACAACAACCUGCAGGAUUCAUCAGUGAAACAUCUGAGUGGUUUUGUGGAGAGUCCAGACUGCAUCCUGAAGACUCUGAGAUUGGAAUUCUGCAGUUUGUCAGAGAUCAGCUGUGAUUAUCUGGUCUCAGCUCUGAAGUCCAACCCCUCACAUCUGGAACAUCUGGACCUGAGUCUGAACAACCUGAAGGAUUCAUCAGUGAAACAUCUGAGUGGUUUUGUGGAGAGUCCAGACUGCAUCCUGAAGACUCUGAGAUUGAGGACCUGCAGUUUAUCAGAGAUCAGCUGUGAUACUCUGAUCUCAGCUCUGAAGUCCAACCCCUCCCAUCUGGAAUAUCUGGAUCUGAGUCAGAACAACCUGCAGGAUUCAGGAGUGAAACAUCUGAGUGGUUUUGUGGAGAGUCCAGACUGCAUCCUGAAGACUCUGGGAUUGGAGUGGUGCAGUUUGUCAGAGAUCAGCUGUGAUUCUCUGGUCUCAGCUCUGAAGUCCAACCCCUCACAUCUGGAACAUCUGGACCUGAGUCUGAACGACCUGCAGGAUUCAGGAGUGAAACAUCUGAGUGGUUUUGUGGAGAGUCCAGACUGCAUCCUGAAGACUCUGAGAUUGGAGGACUGCAGUUUGUCAGAGAUCAGCUGUGAUUCUCUGGUCUCAGCUCUGAAGUCCAACCCCUCCCAUCUGAAACUUCUGGACCUGAGUGGAAACAACCUGCACCGUUCAUCAGUGACACAUCUGUUAGAUCUUGUGGAGAGUCCAGACUGCAGCCUGAAGACUCUGAGAUGGAAGUAUUGAUGAUCAGGACGGUGUUUGUGCUGAGAGGAUGAAGUGUGUCCUGAUGAUCCAGAGGUUGAAGCAGCAGCGGCAGCUGGUGUGGAGAGACUGUGACUGGUCCAUGUUACUGGGAGGUGGACUGGGAACCAGUAUGAAGUGUGUUGUUCCUGUAUAGUUUAGUGUUGCAGCUCCACACUGUGAAUGAUGGAGAAGUUCAGUUCAUGUUGACUUGAUCCGUUGGAGGUUGAUGAUGUUAAGACUCAGGUUUUCUAAUGUUAAUAUUCAGAUGAAAAUAAACAGACUUUCAGAGAUUUUUUUACAGAUUUUAUAGAAGCAGCUGCAGCUCAUUUAUUGACUUCUUCUAUAUUGUCUAAAUGUCUUCUUACCUGGACAGGUGUAAAAAAUGUGAGAGUCCACAUUUGACCUUCAUUUGCUCAAAUGAUUCCUUAGUCUUUGCUAAACUGUCUGAUAUUCUAAUAUUUCCAUUGUGUGGAGGCUGUAAUUAUCACAACCACUUUAAUUAACCUCCAGAAGAUGACAGAAGGAAGUCAUUGACGUGUUUUACUGGACAACAAGUGAACUAUGUCCAGUUUAUCAGAGAAAUCACUGAUAUCUGUAUUAAUACACAUUAAUGUCUCAGGAGUUGUUGAGAUCUUCAGCAGUGAGGCUCAGAGGAGUCCUUUACUGUGAUUUCUCUGUUGGUGGGAAUGUUGUUGCUUUUUACAUUUAUCUGAGUUUCUUUGUGUUGAGCCUCCGUUUCUUAACUUCCUGUUUGACAUCUGGAGACAACAAAGACGUUCUAAGUUCUAACUUGGGUCUGAUGUUUCUUGAAUGAACCAAUCCGGUUUUCAAAGAUACUGCAGUAAAUAAUGAAUAUUAGAGCUAAAAUACUACAGUAAAUGACUUAUUUAAUAUUCAGUGUAAAAUAUUGCAAUAAAUGAAGAAUGCAGUUAAAAUACUACCGUAAAUGACAAAUACUACAGAUAAAAUACUGCCGUUAAUGAUUAAUAGUACAUAGGGCUGAGUACCAAACUUCGGUUCUUUAAUGGCACCGACCAAAAUGUUUCGGUACUAAUGAGUAUCAAAAUAAGCCUCGUCUUUCGAUUCCAUGUUCCGGUACUUAUCACGUGAUUAUGAUAAAGCAAACCUGUGAUUGGCUGUAACAUUACACGUGAUUGCGGCAAGCCGGAAAAAAAAACAUGCUGUGGCGUGCCCCGCCCGUUCACAGACAGGUUUCACGUUAGGUACAUUGACUUCACUGUAGUUGUGUAGCGUGUCGUCAAAGUGGGAAAAGAUGCCUCUGAGGUCUAAAACGUGGCUCUACUUUUGUAAAAUCGACGCCAAUAGUGCGCGGUGCAGUAUACGCCAAAGCGGGUGGUAGACUCCAUCUAAGGCUAAAUACCGGCCCGAGACCGAUAGUCGACAAGUACCCUAAAGGAAAGUUGAAAAGAACUUUGAAGAGAGAGUUCAAGAGGGCGUGAAACCGUUAAGAGGUAAACGGGUGGGGUCCGCGCAGUCCGCCCGGGGGAUUCAACUCGGCGGGCCAGGGGCGACCGCUCGGUGCGGGAGGAUCCCCUCGCGGGACCUCUCCCCGGGUGCGCGCCGUCCCCCGCCGGGCACAUUUCCUCCGCGGCGGUGCGCCGAGUCCGGCUCCGGGUCGGCCAGGAAGGGUCCAGGGGUGAAGGUGGCUCAGUAUGUACUGAACUGUACAUUGCUUGCAAAUGUUCUUUUGCACUGGAAAUCACUGGAAAAUUAAACUCAAGAUGUGAAAAGUAAUGUGUAAUGCAAUUUUCAUUCUGUUAGAGUAUAUACUGUAAAACUGGUAUUGAAAAAAGUAUUGUUUAGGAACCGGUACUGAAGUGAAGGUAUCGGUAUUGGUACUGGUAUUGAAACUUUUAGAUUGAUACCCAGCCCUAAUAGUACAGCUAAAACACUGCAAUAAAUAAUGACACAGUGGCAUGUCUGAAGUAAAUACAUAAAUAAUUAAAACAGAUAUGUGGAUUCAUGAAAAGUAUGUUUAAAAUGUUUGGUAAUGUGACAUUGAACAUCUACUACAGUUCCUGGUUUGUCUUUUGAAAUUUUAUACAGGGGAUUCAAUAUUUAUUCAGAAUUUUUCCUGUAAAUAAACAUUUGUGUGUGUAAUAAAGAUGUUAUGUUUCCCUAAAGUUAGUCUAAUAAAUUGAUUUUUAAAAUAAA